GGGGUGUGACGACGACUGCAAUUUUGCUUCGAGAUUCGAAGAUCAGCCAUAGACAUCCAUCCUUACACAUCGCCAUCGCGCUCACCAAUCGAGACAUCCAGCAUCGAAAAAUCGUAUGCCAAGCACCCGAUUCGAUGGGAUAGUGGGACAGCCAUGCGUUCAAGUGACCUAGCUUUCGUCAUGCACGCUGCCGUGGAGACAGCUGCGGGAAUCUCCUUCAUUGUGCACCCUGAGCGACAGCUCCCGGGCUGUACGCCCGCCGCCCGGCUCAUCCUGAGGCAGUACGGAGCACUCUUGUUAGCCUCGAGCAUGGUCUGUCUAAUUGUCCUAAGCAGACCGGGUUGUAGUACUGCUACGACACGGCUGAUGGCUGCUGCGCUGGGGUCAUAUCACGCGUGGCCUUCCUUUCGAGCGUUUACUCGCCUUCGAAACGAAAAGGGAAACCAGGAAACCUCGGUGCUCGGCGGUCCCUCCGUACACCUUAUGGUCCAUUUGGUCUGCCUGGGGUUGUUCUUGUACGCCGCUGUCGCCCAUACGUGAUAGGUUCAAUGGUCUGCGUCCGAAGCCCGUGGCGACAUCAGCAGCAUAAUGCCUGAGCAAAGGACACUUUUCCACAUCGCUGCCGCUCAUCUUGCUAGUCGAAAUCGAGUGAAGUGCGGGCAUGUGCUGUCGGAGAGUUAGGACGAUACCUCACAAGAGAAUGGGAAGGGGCAUUCUCCAGCAUGGUUCGUACUCCAUUUGGUGUCUGAUGGA